AUGGCGAUCGCUCUGAACAUUCAACAACAACCUCCCCCGCAUCGCCUGCUUCCACGGCGGGGCUCCACAGCCGCCAUCUACAAGAUCCAAUGCGAACAGCUCGCCCAUCUCCUCAAGAACGAGUUCCAGCUCGUCUUCUUCGAGGGUCCCUUUGAGCGCAGCGCCGGACCAGGCGUCCUGCCCGCCUUCGCGGACUACGCGCCUUUCAAGUCCUGGUUUACGCAGGAUGAGCGCGGGGAGCGGGCAGAUGGGAGCGGGUUCGACGCGUCGGGCAACGACGGGGUCGAGCGCGUGUGGAGGCUGAUGGAGGACGAGGGGCCUGGUGGGCAGUGGGUCGCCGCGAUGGGAUUCAGUCAGGGUUCGCGCGUGGCGGGUGGCUUAUUGCUGGAUCAGCAGAGGCGGGCUGCGUUGGGCCUCCCGAAAAAGACGCAUAUCGAGCUGCUUUUCGGGGUGUUGUGUAAUGGAGCCGGGGCGCCGAUGGAGUCGGAUGCGGCUGGGUAUAUCACGAAGCCGGAUGAAUCUCUUAACCGGAUUAGUCUGCCGACGUUGCAUGUCCAUGGACUCAAGGAUCCAUUCUUGAUGUUCGGGAGGCAGCAGUUGGGAGAGUAUUAUAAUCCGAAAACCGCGACGCUCUACGAGGUCGACUAUCAUCAUGCUAUGCCGUGGGCGAGACACGAAGCCCAGCGGCUGGCUGAUCACAUCCGAACAAUUUACAAGAACAGCGCGAAGCAAUGAUUGACGGGCUUGCGGUCACUAUGAAUUAGACGGUCACGGGGGAUGGAUGCAUGAUCCAGCGAACGGAUAGAUUUCUUCUAGUCUUUGUCUAUGGUUUUCUCUUGUCUUAGCUGCUACAUCCUGCGCGUGCAGUAGUGCUAUUGAAUCAUAUUUUAUUGAACGCCUGUUGUGGGUGUCACAAAAUUCAGUACGUCCAUAGCCGUUUCGUUUCAUGUCGAGGGACAG